UGUCCAGCUCGUUCUUACCUGCCGAUAUAGAUUUCUGCGCCAUAAUAUAGUAAGGAAUGCCACAGCCUGCUGCCCCCCCCAGCAACAUAAUCAGGGGCAUAUGGCUUGCACCCAAGAUCCCAUGGACGCUCUCCAAAGCCGAAAAGAAGUAAUACGCAGAUUUUCAGAUCCUGGGAUACCCAGGUCACUGGUUUCAUAUUGUACUCGAGGUCUUUGGCCAGAAUCGAAUCGAAAAGAACGAACUAGCUCGCAUCUGCAAACUCAACCUGAAUUCCAUGUUGCAAUGGGCCUGAGGCCUGAUCUACCGCAGGAUGUCCUUGCAUUUCCUCAUUUAGCUCACACCACUGACGCAACACCAGAACUUAAUGGCAAUGACAUCCCUGACGAACUCCCACUUGAACUCAUCCCUCCUUCCUCCCGAGAUCUUGAUAUCUCUCUUAAUCUACUCGAGGACAUUAUCAAGAACCAUACACGUGCCCGCUCUCCAUUGGGUCUCGACACUUCUGUCUCGCUUCUCAAAGAGCGCUUACUCUGCCACAUCCUGGACUGCAUCACCCACCUUGGGUGGGGGCGUUGAAGACAGAUUCGCUCUCAUAUCGAGUUUACGCCUUAGGUCUCCGCCCAUUAGGUUCAACACGAAAUUGAUUUUGUUGCGAGCUUGUUGCAGCGGCAGCACUGAAGCCUUUUGAGGUAUCGAAAACUCGAUAGCUCACGGAACAGUGAGUAUCAGGCAGACGCGGGAACGGGGAAAAGGUAGAGAGAUGGUAGCAAAAUAUAGUACAG